AUGGGGAAGCGGCCUCCACCGCCGUGUGACAUUGAGUGUGGACCUCUCAAAGCUCGGCCACCACCACCGCCGGCACCAUAUUUUCACCCUCCAGCCCCUGAGCCAUGGUUCUCCUGGCUCGUACCCCUCAUUUUUGCGGCUAAUUUCACCAUCUUCGCGUACACCAUGUACGUGAAUGAUUGCCCAGCCCACACCGGAGAGGACAGGUGUCUGUUGGGCACAUACUUGGGUAGAUUUUCUUUCCAACCCUUGAGAGAGAACCCGCUCCUUGGCCCUUCCACCACCACGCUGAUACAACUAGGGGGGCUUGAAAAGAAAUUAGUGGUGGAAAAAGAUGAAGGAUGGCGCCUCUUGUCUUGCAUGUGGCUUCACGUUGGAGUUGUCCAUUUAAUUGCUAACAUGUUGAGCCUUCUGUUCAUAGGAAUCCGGCUUGAGCAGGAAUUUGGAUUUGUGAGGAUCGGAGUCUUGUACCUGCUUUCUGGUUUUGGUGGAAGCUUGUUAUCUGCUCUUAAUUCUAAAUCAUCAAUAUCAGUGGGUGCAUCUGGUGCACUUUUCGGGCUAUUGGGAGCCAUGCUUUCUGAGCUUCUCACUAACUGGACAAUCUAUGCAAACAAGUGUGCAGCACUUGUAACUCUGGUAGUGAUAAUUGCCUUAAAUCUGGCGGUGGGGUUUCUUCCUCGUGUGGACAAUUCAGCUCACAUUGGAGGAUUUGUGUCAGGAUUUCUACUUGGCUUCAUUCUUUUAGUCCGUCCUCAAUUUGGAUUUGUAAGCCGCAAAUACAUUCCUCCUGGGUAUGAUAUCAAGCGUAUUCCCAGGCACAAGUGGUAUCAGUACCUUUUCUGGAUUUCAGCUUUACUCCUCUUGAUUGUUGGGUAUGGAUAUUGCUGUGUUAUGCUGUUUAAGGGUGGGACGAUGACGUAUAGUUUGUCUUUAUAGAUCGAGCAUCCAUCAGACGUUGAAUGCUUCUGUGAAUCUAAUUGUUGUAUCCAUCGAUCGAUCACCACAAAUGUUUGAAUAUCAGAUGAUGCAUAUGUAUGUGUUUGUAAUUCAUCUACAGAUCUACUACUGUUUCUGUUUCUUUCUUGGGGGCAUUAUUUAAUAUUUAUCUAUAUUCCCAUGUAAAUGUAGACAUCUUUAUUGAUGUUU